AAAACAAAAUCAAAAGAAAGCAGAAACUUGGAAACACAGCACAAACACAUCACAACCAACUACUACUCUAAUCUAUGUAUCCAUCUUUCUUCAAUGGCCCAGCUGGACCAAAGGCUAUGUAGAUGGAAGGCAAAAACAAAACAAAAAAAGAGGAAAGAAAUGGGAAAGAAAGAGAAGAUUUAUAUGUAUUUCAAAGGUCCUCCAAUCCAACCAAACCAAACCCACUUCACAAAAAACUCUCUUUCUCUCUCAACAACAACACAUAACUCAUAAAACAAAAUGAUACCUGAAAUGCCCUUCUGCAACCCCCCAAAAAAUAUCCCAUCUUCAUCACUGUCUCUCUUAACUCUCAAAAGAGAAGAAAACAUUUUUUUCACCGAAAAUUAUUUGGGCUUCUUUGGGUUUUCUUUCUUUGUCUUGGUCAGAGUUUUUACAGAGAAAACAGGAAAGCAAAACAAAGCAAAAACAACAACCUUCCCCUUUCUUUCUUCCUUCUGUCCUUCUCUAUCUAUUUUUCGGUAUUUUCACUCUACAAACUUCUCUCCUCUUCUUCAUUUUCCCUCUUCAAGCUCUUGCCCCUUUCUUUCUCUCUCUUUCCCUCCUCUAAUUUCGAUUUCUUUGCGAUCCCAUCAUGAAGAAUAUGAAGGGCGUUGUUGUUGGAUCAUCCAUGGAGAAGUCCAAAGCGCCUUCCUUUGCUGUUUAUGAGGACCCAAGAGCCAGGUUCAGACAUCAGAGUCUCAUGCAAGACUAUGAAGAGCUGUUAAAGGAAACAGAGGCGAUACAGAAGAAGUUGCAGAUGAUGAAGCAGAAAAAAAUGACCUUAUUGAGCGAAGUCGAAUUCUUAAGGAGACGGCACAAGUUCUUGUUUGAAAACCAGUCUCCGAAUUCUGCAGCCCAGCAAGAUGCUGUACAAGCUUCAAAUUUUAAAGUUCAAGGUAAAAAAAUGACAAAGGAAAGGAAUUAUAGAAAAAAGGAAUCUCCCUUGCCACGUCCGGCUGUAGGUUUUGAUCUAAACCAAAAGGGGAAGAUAUACAAUGAAAGGGAAACUAGUUUGAGAAACCCGCUUCCAGUUAUUGACUUAAACCAGAAGCUGAAGACCUACUAUAGAAAAGAACUUCCUUUACAAAAUCCCACACAGAAGGAAAGGUUUUACAACCGGAAGGAUGCUGCCACAAACUCGACUCCAGUUUUUGACUUAAAUCAGAUAUCGCAAGAGGAGGAAGAACUGCAGUUUAGUGGUGAACCAUGGAGGGUUGAGGAAUUGAAGAAAACUUCAGCUAGAGGUGGAAGUGAUGAGCAGCUCAAUGACAUGAAGUUAUCAGCUUGUAGGAGUGUUGGAAACGGAUCAAACCGAACGGGGAAGAGAAAGAUUUCAUGGCAAGAUCAGGUUGCCUUAAGGGUUUGAGUUGGUACUAGUUGUAUUGGAAUUUAAGGUUUCACAUCUUGGUGAGGUUGGAAAGUUUCACCUUGCACACUGUCUUGUGAUGAUUACUUUAACAUUUUUCUUUCUUUUUAUUCUAUGGAAAGAGAAAACAUUAGUUUUAUAUAAUGAAUAUAUAGGUGGAAAUGAAGGGGAAUUGUUGGUCA